AUGCCGUCCGUCUCCGUAAAGAAGGUUGCUUCUAAAAAGACGAGCAAACGACACCAGCCGUACGACUCCUCGUUCUCGGAGCAUCUCCUGUGGACUGAGCAGUCUGGUCCGCAGAACCUAGACCCGGUUGUGUGGCCGCGCGCCGCAUCGUCCGCUGAGCUCUUCUGGACGGGUCCUGGCGGAAACAUCAGCACGGCCCUUCCGCGCAUACACGACCUCGCGUACCGCUUCCGCCAGCGCGGCGUGAACGCGAUCGCGCUCCAGCCGAAGUGGUGCGCAUUGAGAGCGGGGGCGUGCGACAUUGAUGCAUGA